AUGGCAUUCAGGGCAAAGGCAGACAUCUGGAUGGCAGGGCCCUGGCUGUUUCUGCGAGGGCCACGGCCACUGGGCACCAGAGCCGCUCUGGCCCCCAAGGCGGUGCUGCCCUUCGAAGCCAUACCCCAGCGUCCCAACAACAACUGGAUGAGGACGCUGCGGAUCUGGAAGGAGCAGGGCUAUGAGAACCUUCACUUGGAGAUGUAUCAGAACUUCCAGGAGCUGGGGCCCAUUUUCAGGUAAAGCCCUCCCUGUCCCUCGCUGAGAACACCCAGAAUCUUCUGCCCCUGCUGGCUACCCAGGCCCUUAUCAGGCACACAGCACUUGGAGACUCUGCACCCAUGCCGGAUGCCCGUGGAGCCCUGGCUGGCCUACAGACGACACCGAGGGCACAAAUGUGGCGUGUUCUUGCUGAAUGGGCCUGAAUGGCGCUUCAACCGACUGCAGGUGAACCCAUAUAUGCUGUCGCCAAAGGCCGUCCAGAAGUAUAUUCCCAUGGUGGAUACGGUGGCAAGGGAUUUCUCCCAGUCCCUGAAGGAGAAGGUGCUACAGAAUGCCCGGGGCAGCCUGACCCUGGACAUCCAGUCCAGCAUCUUCUACUACACCAUAGAAGCCAGCAACUCAGCACUUUUUGGAGAGCGGCUGGGCCUCCUUGGCAAUAACCCCAGCUAUGCGAGCCUGAAGUUCAUCCGUGCCCUGGAGGCCAUGUUGAAAUCCACUGUACAGCUCAUAUACAUGCCCAGGAGCCUGUCCCGCUGGACCAGCACCAAGACGUGGGAGGAGCACUUUGAGGCCUGGGACUACAUCUACCAGUGUGCCAACAAUUGCAUAUGGAAAAUCUAUUCGGAGCUGGUAGUUGGCUGCCCUCCUCAACAGUAUAGCGGUGCCCUGGCAGAGUUGCUGUUGCAUGGAGACUUGUCACUGGAUGCUAUCAUGGCCAAUGCCAUCGACCUCCUUGCAGGGAGUGUGGACACGACCUCCUUCCCCUUGCUGAUGACACUCUUUGAGCUGGCUCGCAACCCCGACGUGCAGCAGGCCCUACGCCAGGAGAGCCUGGCAGCCCAGGCCAGCAUCACUGACAAUCCCCAGAGGGCAUUGGUGGAGCUGCCCCUGCUGCGGGCCGCUCUCAAGGAGACCCUGAGGCUCUACCCGGUGGGCCUCAUCUUGGAUCGACUCCUGCCCUCAGACAUGGUGCUGCAGAACUACCACAUUCCAGCUGGGACACUGGUCCAGGUGUUCCUCCAUUCGCUGGGUCGCCACUCCGCCUCCUUCCCGAGGCCAGAGCGCUAUGAGCCCCAGCGCUGGCUAGAGGUCAAUGGUUCCAGCACAAACUUCCGCCACCUGGCCUUUGGCUUUGGCGUGCGCCAGUGCCUGGGGCGGCGCCUGGCAGAGGUGGAGAUGCUGCUCCUGCUGCACCACGUGCUGAAAAGCUUCCUGGUGGAGACACUAAACCAAGAGGAUGUAAGGAUGAUGUACUGCUUCGUAUUGAGGCCCACCACCUUCCCCGCACUUACUUUCAGGGCCAUCAGCUAG